AUGGUGGUGCCUUAUGUCCUGUUGAGAGUUGGCAGUUCAGGGGCUGCUACAGAAAAUGCCCUUUCUGAGACUGGCAACCCUCUGUACUUCCAAUCUGCUCGGAAUGUUACAGUGAACAUUCUCAAUGAGGAGAGUAAAGUUCUUACACGUCUUGUAACAGGGCCCAAAGCAGUGGAAGCAUACAGCCAAAAAUUUCAAGUGCUAACCACCUCGGGGAAAUUGUUGUUUUCUGCAGAUGACAAUGAAGUGGUGGUUGGAGCAGAGAGACUUAAAGUUUUAGGAGCAGAAGGCGUAGUGUUCCCUAAAUCCAUAGAAACUCCCAAUGUCAGGGCAGACCCCUUCAAGGAACUAAGACUUGAGUCACCAACACGCUUUCUGGUGAUGGAGGCUCCCAAGGGAGUUGAAAUUAAUGCAGAAGCUGGCAACUUGGAAGCUACAUGUAGGACAGAGCUCAAGCUGGAAUCCAAAGAUGGAGAGAUAACGUUGGAGGCUGCAAAUAUCAAACUACCUAGAUUGCCUCUGGGAUCCUUCUCCUCUACCGGAUCCAGGCAAAAAAUCUACGAGCUUUGUGUGUGUCCCAACGGGAGGUUAUUCCUGUCUCAAGCAGGAAGUAGUUCCACCUGCCAGAUAAAGACAAGUGUCUGCCUUUGAGAGAGACUGUUUGUGACAGGCAUAGCUGGCAGCACAAAGGCCUUUUUUGGCCUCCCAGAUAGCAGCUGCCAACUAUUUUUACUAGAACACAGAAAGCCUAUCAAAGACUUUUGUGUGCGUGUGCGUGUGUGUGCGUGUGAAUAUAUAAAUAUAUAGAUAUAUAUAGAUAUAAAUAAAUAUAUAUAUCCUUUGUGUAAAAUGAAGUUUCAGUACAAGAAAUUCCAGGGUGACCCUCUUUGUGUAGCAUUUAUUGCUCCCACAUCAAAAUUUGAAAAUGUGCAAAUUGGAUCCAGAUCGUUCCAGGAGUAUUCAAAUUGUGUCAUAGCAAGCCUCUAUCAGUCAAGAAAAUGCUUUCAAGCCUUUCCAAAUUUAGUUGUACCUUACACAUGACAUUUUACCUGCAUGGAAAUAGGGGGGGGGGAAAUAUGUCGUUUAACAAGACUGCACCCAUGUUUGAUCUGCCACAUGUACAGAUACUUGGCUCUGCAAUUAUGGCAUUCCAUUGUGUCUAUGAAAACUAGACUGGUAUGUGAUCUUCACACAUGAUGAUGUACACAAGGUUCCUAUGUCUUUUCUACUCCAUGUACACUUGUGUAGGUACAAUGUCAUGUGUGAAAUAACCCUAAGAUAAAGACACACCCCCACCUGAAAAAAGGCAGCUCAGCUUGUACCAUUCCUUCUCAACCUAGGCCUGAAAGUAGAAACAUCAAAAGGCAAGGAACCAAACAAAAAAUGUUCAUAAGAAUUAUCAAUCAGUUUAAUACCCAGGAGGAACUGUGAGGAGGUGAGUUGCAUUGGUACCUCACUUCAUAACCCAUAAAAGGCUCAGAAAUGUUCAGACAGUAGGAUAUCACAAUUGUUUAACUGCUGCCUUCCCCUCCUUAGGGGAUGUCACCCCCUUCCACUUUGAGAACCACGGUUUUGGUAUGUAGAAAUGAGAUUCUCUUGUUAUUUACAGUCACUUCAAAGCAAAGAAUAAACGGCCCGGUUAAAGACUGCAUGAUGAGACAAGCAUCUCUGAUUAUUAUCCUGCCAUGAAAAUCCAUCAGAUAUGAUGACAAAAUUACCUACUGCUUAGGGUGCUCCAAGACACCUGUGGUUAAAUUACACACUGUUCAUUUUUAAUUAGAAGCAAAUAUUGCAAGAGUGGUGUUCUGCAGCACUCUCCAUAAUCCUAGGGCUGAUAGCAGCCACCUCAAUGACAUAAAAAGGCUCCUUCACAUUUUAUCUGGGUGAAGGGAUUCAAUGCAUUUAAAGGGCCUCCGUGUGAUUGAGUGCCCUUGACGUUGUGCCCAUCUUCCUGGCUCUGCUCCCAACCUCCAUGUGAUAGCGUGAAUGGAAAGCUGGCAGUGCUUGUGGAGAGUCCUCCACACAACCAGUAUCCCUGUGUUACUGGGACUUCCAAUCACAUGGAGCACUGUUCAUAAGUACAUCUGGCUUAAGAGGAUUCCUCAGUGCCUAUAGGUGGGAGGCAGAGCUGCGAGGACAACACAAAGAUAACACAGAUAGCACAUCCAGGAACCAAAUAACUGAGUCAUAUCAGUGGAGGAGUUAAGAGUUGCAAGCCAUUUUAUGAUAAGCUGUAAACCCAUUCAAGAUAUUGUUUAUGAGGGCUAAAGGCCAGAUGGACAAGCAUGUGGUUGUAAUCAUGAAAAGGAGCACUAGGAUAUAUUCUCACACAUUUGCCUGAGAUGUGUCCUGGCAUUUCUGCCUCUGUAGCCCAUGCACAGAGAGCGCAUGACCCAUCUCAUGGGUGCAUCUUCAGGAAAAAGCAAUUGCUCUCCCAUUUCAGCAGGAGUAGGAAAAAUUGCUCCCAUGGAAGGAAGAAAAUGAUUCAGCAAAGGAGAACCUUGUAUUAAUAAUGUUCAGCUUUCAACUAUUCCAAACAUGCUGCUCUCAGGACCAUUACUGUCUACAGUGCAGAUGACCAGGGAACUAGAAUAGAUUGUGCAAGUAGCAUGGGAUGGGAUGUCCAUGUGACCCACAGCAAAACAUUUUUUAAAAAUAGUACAGAAAGUGCAGAGAAACUAUUAAUGUCAGCACAAAGCAAUCUGUUUCUGAUUAAAAGGAAAGAUGGCCACCUUACAUACAAAAAUACAGGAAGAAGACAACUGACAGGUGUCUGGUUCGCCCUUUGCUGUCAACAUUUCAGUUUCUGAAAACAAAAGCAUUCCUUAGUUUCUGGAAAUGCUUUUUUAUUAUUACAGUACUGAAUGGGAAUAUAUCUGAUGGAACUUGGCAAAGUAAAGGGUCCAUGUCUUUGGGGCCCUUUGGCUAGAAAGGUGGUAUAUAAAUGUGAAUUUUUAAAAACAAGUUAACUAAAUUAAUGGUAUAAAAUGUUGUGGGGCGAGCCAUAGAUAGUCAAUGUCUUUUUAUUUUAUUUUUUUGACAGUUGCACUAUCAGAGAUGCUUAUUUUGAAGAAGUUUUUUAGUGGUUUGCAUUGGUUAUGACACAGUCAGUUCACUGAAAAGCAGUACAGUGAGUUCCCUUCAAAGCUGAACCCAAGGCACACUUCCCUACAGGAACUAGGGAAAGGGUGGUAAUGUUGGUCUGUUGUAGCAACAGCAACAAAGAGUCCUGUGGCACUUAAAGAUUAACAAGUUUUUUUGUGGCACAAAAAAACUUGUGCUACAAUACGUUUUACCACAGGACAUUGUUUUCUCUAAAGGAAUCCUCUAUGAAGUGGAAAUAUUAACAGCAUCACAAAUCAGAUGUAUCAAGAGAAGGGCACACAAUUUAUGAAAAAUGGUUUCAUAAAUAACUCCCACAUACAUUUAUGUAAUUUAUAAAACAAAAGCAUACAAAUAUAUUGGAACCUAUACAAAACCCUAAGUUUAAGUAACAACUACAAUUAUAGCAACCAUGUUAUAUCUUCAUUUAGGUCAUUUCCUUGAAUUUUUUUCUGGGCUAGAGAGCACUAAGAACUUGAUAGCAAGACUGAUGAAGUCAGUUUGGAAGACACACCCACUCAUUUCAAUGAUGCUUGGAUUAAGCCAUUACUAAAUAUUGUACUUAGGUGCUUCAGGUUAGCGGUAAAUAAGGCUUGAAGACACCAGUGAAGUGCACUUUUGGUGGAAGGUGAAAUUAUAAUAUAUUUACACUCUUAGGUAUGCACUCUUAGGUAUGUUUACACAGAAGUAAGUCCCCAGGUAUUCAAUGAGGCUUAUUUCAUAGUAAGUUUGUUUAAGACUGCAACCUUUAGUGACACUGUUAGACUUCAAACCUAACUGAAUGGCUCCUGUCAUUAAUAUUAUUAUUUUUUACCUGGUACUUAAAUCCAAGGGGGUCACCCAGGAUAACCAUUGUAUUGGGACACAGGACUAUACACCAUCUCUGUUCAAAGAGGGAGACUUGUGCCUAUGCCUUAAGUCAAUGCACUCAGCAAGGAGAAGCACAUCAUACUUAUUAUUGAAACUAGUUUUAUUUGGCGUGUUGGACUGAAGAGAAUGAUGGGGUUGCAAUCUUUGAGAGAUGAAUGAGAGCUUUUAAAGCAACAUGAAGUAGAGUCACUAGAAAUUCAUAGACUAUGGGGCACCUGGAGAAAAUCCACAUCUCUGACAUGUUUUAACCUGGGUAUUGAACUCCAAAGCUAAUCCUGGGGGUCUGACUGAAUCUUCAGAGGUUUUGGGGGUA